GUGUGUGGGAGAAUGGAUCGGUGAGGUGGAGCCUGGAGGAGGUAGUGGUGUUUGAACAAAAUGAAUUGGUGCUGUUAGCGGAGAAGGCCUAUUUAUGCGUUUCAUUUGUUAUUUUCUGCGUUUUAUGCACAGCAGCAUAAGCCUCGCAAAAUUUUCUAGAUCAAGAGUUGUACGGGACAAAAUUGCAGAGCUGAUGGAUGAGACCAUACCGUUCAACACACUCCACAGUAGAGAGUACCAAGGCCAUAAGAAAAAGGUGCAUUCGGUGGCAUGGAAUUGCGCGGGCACGAAACUGGCCUCCGGUUCCGUUGAUCAGACUGCCCGAGUUUGGCACAUUGAACCUCAUGGCCAUGGUAAGGCUAAAGAUAUUGAGCUGAAGGGGCAUUCUGAUAGUGUAGAUCAGCUAUGCUGGGAUCCGAAACAUGCAGAUUUGAUUGCAACAGCAUCCGGUGACAAGACCGUUCGCUUAUGGGAUGCUCGUAGUGGAAAAUGUUCACAGCAAGCAGAACUUAGUGGGGAAAACAUUAAUAUUACUUAUAAGCCUGAUGGAACCCACAUUGCUGUUGGUAAUAGGGAUGACGAGUUAACAAUAUUGGAUGUACGCAAGUUUAAGCCCAUACAUAAGCGCAAGUUCAACUAUGAGGUGAAUGAGAUAGCAUGGAACAUGACGGGUGAUAUGUUCUUUUUAACUACUGGGAAUGGUACUGUUGAAGUGCUUGCCUAUCCAUCACUCCGAGCAGUUGGAACCCUCAUGGCUCAUACAGCAGGUUGCUAUUGUAUUGCGAUUGACCCGGCAGGAAGGUAUUUUGCUGUCGGAAGUGCCGACUCAUUAGUCAGCCUCUGGGAUAUAAAGGAGAUGCUUUGUGUCCGUACAUUCGCAAAACUCGAGUGGCCUGUUCGGACUAUUAGUUUCAAUCACACUGGAGAAUACAUUGCUUCUGCCAGUGAGGACUUGUUCAUUGAUAUUUCCAGUGUUCACACAGGCCGACCAGUCCACCAAAUUCCAUGCCGUGCAGCCAUGAACAGUGUGGAGUGGAAUCCCAAGUACAACUUACUUGCAUAUGCUGGAGACGACAAGAACAAAUACCAGACCGAUGAAGGUGUUUUUCGAAUAUUUGGCUUUGAGAGCGCCUAGCUUUCUUUACCUUGCCCGACUACUGCUGAGAGCUGCAAGAGCCCAACCCGUGUAACUCAAUGUGGCAAGACAUGUCUCAUUUCUGGAAAAAAUGAACACACUCUAUACUUAAUCCUUUGCUUGCUUGAAUUUUUGUUAUAUCAGGACGUAGACUUUUUACUUCGCCUUUUGAACUGGAGCUGGGUCUAGCCUUCUACACUUUGAUACAGUAAUGUAAUCUAACAAACAGAGAUUAAUAUACUCAGUCAAUAGUUAUUUAGGUGCAGGGCACAGGAAUGUCGUUUACAUGCAUUGAGCAGACCUUGUUGCCAGGUUACACUAUCCCAAUUUUAGAUAUGCCAAAAGUAUUGUUUCCAUGAUA